UUUUAAAAAUCAAAAAGUAUUUAAUAACUAAACAAAGAGUAAGGCCUACAAUUACAAAGUGAAGUACAAUGUGAAUAGUAAUAUAUUCGCAAAAUAGAGAAUUCUCCGACGAGGUCAAAGGUAACUUAUCAGAACGGCUGCAGAAAAUUCUAACUCUUCCUGUCCCGGUUCGAUGAUUCAAAAGCUCUCGGGGGGCCGUCUUUUGGGUGUAUUCGAAUUUCAUUGGCUCCUUCUUUAAUGUAUCUCCUCCUGGUCCAGCCUUUUCACAUCCAGGUGUGAACUGCCAUGUGUGAAUCUGAAACCCCUCUCUGUCUCAUCUCUCCCUCACAUUCCAAUGCAUUCUAUGAAGAAACAUUUUGCCUUUAUGCCUCAAAGAGUGAAUAUAACAUAGUAUACAUAGUUUGUCUUCAUCUUAUAACUAGUACACUUCAAUUACAACACAACAUAUAAGAUCACAGUACUUAUUGGUUUAUCACAGUUUAUCUGGUGCAAUACUUUACCUCACUGGGCUGUCUUGCAUCCAAUUGCUUAUCUAAUACCCUUAGGCCCUGAGUCAAAUAUGUCUUUCUCAGUUUAUUUCCUUGCAAGGGAAGAAAGGUCACAGCAUCUACGUGCUCAGUAGACUGCCAAGAACCUUCCCCCUUCACAUCAUGGCCGAUCUUAUACCUCAGUUCAGUUACAGGUGGCAUCUUGCUUACAUUCAACACAUGUGAACUUACUUGUUGAGUCUCUACAGCCAGGACACUGGAGACAUCUUAUCAGUGUGAAAAACUUCAGCUCUGUUCCAAUGGCCUCAACAUCCCAGCACUUGCAAUUAAUACACUGGUCAUACAAUGAAGCAUUUAGAAGAGUUAGAAAUAUUUUGCCAUUACACAGUUCCUUCAGAAUACUGUGAAUACUUUGUGUGUUAUUGUAAUGGUGUGACAUUUGGACUCACAAAGGAACAAGAAAACUGCUUGGACAUGUUUCACUGUUCUGACAUUAGUUCAGAUGAUAAAAGAAUCCUUCUGCUCCUUGAACCAAUGGAUCCAGCAGCUGAUCACCCUCCUAUUGAUUAGAUAUCAGCUGUCAGUACCUCAUUGGUAGCGAUAUUAAAACUGAGCUGUUGUUUCCUGUUUUCCAGAGUCCCUCUCACAGCUCGCUGGUAAGUUCCAUGUUUUUCUUCACUGAACCUCAAAGAAAGAUUCCUAAUCUGACAGGAAGUCGGCCAUUUUGAAUUUGCUGACGUUUCAUAUUAGAGUCACAUGAAUGUUUUCAAUGACAAACAUGUGGAACCAUUCAGUAGAUAACAUGGUUAUUUACCACCAACCAUGAAGCUGCUGCUCACUGUGUUCCCCCCCCCCCCCCCAGUCUGCGGUCGGGCCCCACUCAACACUCGCAUUGUGGGGGGGCAGGUGGCCCCUGAGGGCAGCUGGCCCUGGCAGGCCAGUCUGACACAGUCUGGGAGUCACUUCUGUGGGGGGUCGCUGAUCAACAAUCAAUGGGUGCUGACUGCUGCUCACUGCUUCCAACCACCCAGCACCAACAACCUAGUGGUGUACCUGGGCCGCCAGAACCAGCAGACCUCCAACCCCAACGAGGUGCCGAGGACGGUGUUGAGAAUCAUCAAUCACCCCGAUUACAACUCGGCAACCAACGACAACGACAUCACCCUCCUCCAGCUGACCUCGCCAGUGUCCUUCACCAACUUCAUCCAGCCCGUCUGCCUGGCGUCACCCGGCAGCAGUUUCUACAGCGGCAUCAACGCCUGGGUCACCGGCUGGGGCACCAUCGGCUCUGGAGUUCCCCUUCCGUUCCCACAAGCCCUGAUGGAGGUGGAGGUGCCCAUCGUGGGGAACAGACAGUGCAACUGUGACUACAGAGUGGGCCAAAUCACAGACAACAUGAUCUGUGCCGGGCUGCGUGCUGGAGGGAAGGACUCCUGUCAGGGGGACUCGGGCGGUCCGCUGGUGAGCCAGCAGGGCGGCGUCUGGGUCCAGGAGGGGAUCGUGAGUUUUGGAAGAGGUUGUGCUUUGCCCAAUUUCCCUGGAGUCUACACCAGGGUGUCCCAGUACCAGUCGUGGAUCAACAGCCAGAUCUCCAGCAACCAGCCGGGCUUCAUCGUCUUCACCUCCACCGGCACCGACAGCGACCUCAGCGUCACCUGCCCCGGCCUGCCUCCGCCCCCGACCACAGCGCCCCAACCGGUGGUCUGCGGCAGCGCCUCCCUGAACUCCCGUCUGUUGGGGGGGGGCUCCGUGGCCUCGGCGGGGGUGUGGCCCUGGAUGGCGAGCCUGCAGAAGAACGGGAGCCACGUGUGCGGCGGGACCCUGGUGGGCGAGGACGCCGUGCUGAGCGACUCCGGCUGCUUCUCCAGCCCCCCCUCUCCGUCCGAGUGGACCGUGGUGCUGGGCCGGCUGAAGCAGAACGGGUCCAACCCCUUCGAGGUGACCCUCAACGUGACCAACAUCACCAUGAGCAACCUGAACGGGUCCAACGUGGCGGUGCUGAAGCUGGCCCGCCGGCCCGUCCUGUCCUCCUACAUCCAGCCCAUCUGCCUGGACAACGGACGCACUUUCGCCGUGGGCUCCAUGUGCUGGGCCGCCGGAUGGAACGCCGGGCGAGGAGGAGUGGAACAAGUUCUGCAGGAGUUCCAGACCUCAGUGGAGAACUGUGGGAACGCGUCGGCGUCCGGAGAGACCAUCUGUACCGGGACCUUCACCCUGGAGCAGGGGGACAUUGGGGGUCCACUGAUGUGUAAGCUGGAUGGCUCCUGGUUCCAGGCAGCGGUGUUAACCUCUGGAAACACCACCGGGCAGACGCGAGUUCUGCAGAUGGUGUUCCCCAAGCUGAGCCGCUUCCAGAAAUUUCUGCGUGAGACGGUGGGCUUCUUGUCACCCUCCGUCGCCUCCACUACCAACACCACGCCCUCCACCAACACCACGCCCUCCACCAACACCACGGCCUCCACCAACACCACGGCCUCCAGCGGGGAUCACGUUGCUCACUCCCCCUCCUUCUUCUUCUUCCUCCACCUGCUUGUGUUCUCCGUUUGUCUUCCCCUCUUCCUGUAGGAGCCUCCACCCUCCUUAUGUUAGGCUAAUGUUGACUGGUGAGUCUGGUGAAACCUUUGUGACCGGGAGGAGGGGGGUAAUGAAGCCAGACGCGAGCCGACGUAGUAAAUAUAGUUUUGUUUCUAAGGACCAAAAGAUCCACUUCCUGUCUGUCUUAAAAGAUAAAACCACUUCUGUUUGUUCUAAGGACAGAUUUUGAUGUCUGAAAUGAAGAAAGUUGCACUGAAUAAAUGUACCUGUUUUUAUUGUUAUUUUUAGUUCAGUACCAUGAAGACAAUGGUGAAAACUUUGUUUUACGUGAUAUUUGUGCUCUGGUGAUAAUUUGGAUUGAUUUUAGAAUAUAAUGAUGUAGCGUAAUGCUCUGAAAUCUAAAGGGAGAUCAUACUCAUUGAUUACAUUACUAUUGAUUAUUACUUCACUAGAUCUGAAGAACAGACAAUGAUCUACCUGUCAAUCAUCUUCCUUACAUUAUCUGAAGUGUCGUAUCUACCUGAGGCCGCAUUAACAGACACAAAUGUCCUUUAUGUUAUUCGCUCUGAAGAUUGAAUGUGAAAACACUUCUUCUGCUUUUAAUGAAGAGACGUCUGAUCUCCGUCCGACUCCCAGACCCUCAAC